CCAGCAGGCUGUGUGAUCAAGAUCUUUCGUUCACUCAGCCAUUGAAUCAUCCCUGUGAGCGUCGUGAUGCUUGAGUUGAUUGGCGGGUGCGACACCAUCGAUGGCGACUUCGAUGCGUCAAUCGAGCGACUUACGAGGGCCAAGAGGGCGCUGACGGAUGAGAUCUCGCGGCUCGUUGCUUCGCGAGGCGGCGUGUCGCACCCCGCUGAGACCACUGGCGAGAUGCUCGUCAAUGCAGGUGAGCGGGGAAGGAAAGGACACCGGGCAUGCCGGUCAUCUGACUGUCUGUGUUGGUCCGUCGUGUGUGUGUCGGACGAUCAGGUGGCGUGGUGUUUCCCGUUUCCCGCCGUGCGCUUCUUCUCCCCUGCAUGAAGCGUCGCUACAUCUCUAUCCUGCUGAUGCUCUUCGCUGACGGCCUCCCGCGAGAUGCCGACGGCCAUGUCUAUCUGGAGACCUCACCUGCAUACUUUGAGGCUUUGCUGGACGAGCUGACACUCUACGAGACCGGCCGCACCAACACCGUCGACCUGCCGCCCUCCAAGGCGGCUGACCCGGCUUACAGCGAGUACCACUCCCUCUUCAUGCGCGAGCUGCCAUCCUUCGCACCUCCGACACACAGCAGCCGCGGUGCCGCCAUGACCAAGGCGGUUGAUGCCGCAUGUGACGAGAAGGCCCUUGGGAACGUCAUCCAGACGUCGCUGAGCGACCUGGAAAAGGUCAUGAAGAGGCUCACGCGGCGCAGGGAGGAAGUGGUCCGAUUCCUCUCGGCCAUGGAGCCCUUCAUGAAGGGCCAAGAAGACACCGGAGACGACCUGGCGGUGCUAAGCCUGGACGUCCUCGGCCGGCAGGUCGUCAUCCAGAGGCGCACGCUGCUGCGACUGGGAGCCGACCAUCCCCUGCUGACGCGAUUCUCAAAGUGGGCACACGCACAAAGGGCAGACGGGGCAGCACAGCAGGUCACAUUGGGUGCCUUCGGCUGUCGAUGUGUGUUUGCGCAGUGCUCCGCCCUGCUGGGGCGAUCGCCGUGUGCGUCAGACCCCCACCAAGCACUUCGUCAACACAGUCGAGUUCGCUCGUCGCAUCGCCAUGCUAAAGGGACAGCUCAUCCGGCCCCCGCUGAUGGACGAGAGCGAGCGUGAGCUGUUCAGAGAGGAUUUGACAACGUAUGGUCUCACUUACUCGCCAAUCCUGGACCUACCUUCCGGCCAGGAGUGGGUCAUGCAGUCGCCAGAGGAGUGGGUAGCCGUCCUCGACCUAAUGGACAGGCCCACAUGCAGACCAUCGCUGCUCUUCAAGUGGGCUCGGCACUCACGAACGCACCAUAAUGUUGAACGGGAGCGGCUUCCGCUGGUCUGUCAGGUCUGGGCGUGACGGUGGUGACUUCGGCACGCUGCUCGACAAGGUGGGCGACGCGAGCGGUCUCCUGUUUCUCAUCAACCGCAACGACACACACCGAUUCGGCGCUUUUAUCGACGGCCGACUUAAGCCACCCACCGACCCCACACAGACCAACUACUAUUCGGCGCCCCUCUUCUUCAUCUCGAUCAGCGGCGCCUAUGCCCAGGUGACCAAAGUGCCCAUCCCGGAGGCCAAACAGAAGGUGAGGGUGGCCGGUCGCGACGCCUCCAUCAAGGCCGGCAAUAAGGAUUACCGCGGCAAGGUGGGUUCAUGGGGGACUAACGAGAACAGCACAGUCAUCUAUGGGUCAAUUCGCAUGUCUGUGUGCAGAUGACCAUUGGCUACGGGUAUCUGUGGUUUGGGUGGGCCAGCCCCGGCCCGUCAGACGACGUGCGCAGCCUGGGGCAUUCCGUCAAGACGGAGGACUUGCCCGACAACGGCUACCUCGGCCAAUUCAACGACCACAACAACGAAGGCACACUGGCGGGAGACUGGUACUUCACGUCAAAGGAGAUGGAGAUAUGGCACAUCGAGACCGCCAGGGGUGGUUGGUUUAAAGCGGCAGCACCGCACAGUGCGGUCGGGUUCGGGUCGAGGAAGCCGAAGGGCUUCAUGAGGUGGCUGUGGCGGCGUGGAGGUGAUAAGUAGAUGGCCGAUAGCCUUGCGUGGAUGCGUGGUGCGUGGCAGUCCUCCUGGUGAAAAGGCGGACGUAUAUGUAUACCUUAUGUGUGAGUGUGUUGUUCGUGCGAGUCGACCGUGGCAUUAGUCGUUUUUGGCUCUCUGACCCUCCCGAGGCCUCUAUAAGUACUCUCUGGUGGCUUUGAAUGGCGUGAAUGAGGCAAGGGUCAGAAAGCGGGCCCAUGGCCGUCUGCCUGUCUGCCUGUCUGCCUGUCUGCCUGUCUGCCUGUCUGCCUGUCUGUCUGUCUGGCUGGCUGUGUGUCUGUCUGGCUGUGCGUCUGCGCGGUAGACAACAAGUGCCACCGACCAGUGGUUUCCGCCGUCUGUGUUUCUGUGAAAGUGUGUCUUCCUUCGCCUCACCUGCCGUGUGCACAGUGAAUAGCUAGAUCGAUCGACGCAACGCGCCCCCUCGUACGGUCAUGCACGUGGCUCCAUCCAUCCAUCCGAUGAUCCGCCGUGCUUGUGUGUGACUGUCUGUGGUGAGAUAUCAUGUAUCGUGACUGACAGACACAGACAGACAGACAGACAGACCGGUCGGCAUGGGAGGCGCUUAGAUGCUGUAACAGUGACCGGUCUGUCUAUCUCACUGUGUGUCUCUUGAGACAGACAGACCUGCUGAUCGGCUGAUUGGCUGGUGGGCUGGUGGAUACGAUACAUGGGGCUGGCUGUCUCGCCACGCAACGGCAGCAGAGAUCAAGAAUCGAUACCACAAAUGCUCGCUCAGCCUGGCGGUGACACACUCCGACAGUAACGAGACAG